UGAUUAUCGCUCUGAGCUUAAACAGAGAGAGUAAGGGAGAGAGAGAGAGAGAGAGAGAUGGUGGGAUUGAUGGAGGGCUAGGGGGGAUGGAGAGUGGAGACCAGAGGGGCAUGUUAAGAUGCGGUGAGGGUGUGCAGGAUAAAGCGAUAAUGAAUCGGAUGAUGCUCAGAUUCCGGCCGAUUGCGCCGAAACCGGCCGUUGGAGGGUCCGUUUCAGGUGGGUCAGCGGUGGAUAGCAAGAACGUGUUUGUUACGAAAGGAAGAAGGAAGAGGAAGUACGUUAGGAUUCGGAAGAAUAGUGGGUAUAAGCGAAAGAAAAGGAUAGCUGAGGAGGAAACGAAAGAAAUGAUAGAAAAGAAGGAUGGGUUGGAGAAGAGGGUGGUGACUCUGCAACUUUUGCCUGAGAAAAGUGAACGAAAUGAGUCGCCGGAGAGUGGAUCUCGGUGUAACUUUGACCAUACGGUGCCAAGAAAGGAUAGCCAGGAAAAUGGGGACCGACCCAUCUGGUUGAACUUCGAUAAGGGUGUGUGCAAGGACAGGGAUCGGACGGUGGUGACGCGUCAGAUGGUUAUGGCAGUGGAGUCGUGGGUGACAGUGGUGAGCGUGACAGACAGAUGCAUGGCUGUGCCAGGGCUAGGGAGUACGGACGUGGAGAGGAUGAAGAAUCUGGAGCAUGACACGUGUCCAGGGUUCGUAUCGGACGGCUUGAACAGGGUGUUCUGGGUGAACGGGGCUUUUAAGAGGAUGGUGAGCCAGCAAAAUGACGGCCAGUCACAGGAGCUAAUAACGGUGUGGUUGGUGGCAAAAGAGAAGUUGCCGUACUCGUACGCGACCUUUACUUGCAAAGUAAAGCUGCAGUACACGUGGGGAAAGGAUAAGUCCUCGCAGAUAGUAGUGCCAUGUGAUGUGUGGAGGAUGGACGGUGGAGGAUUUGCAUGGAGGCUAGAUGUUGAAGCUGCCCUCAGUUUGGGACGUUGAUUUAGAUCGAAAACACAGAAAAGUGUGAAGCAACAAGUCAAGAUCCCAGUGUACAUGCAUGUUGUAGGUAGUGGAUCAAGCCUUGUUUCCUAUAGCAAGCAAGCAGUUGAUGAUUAAGACGGGGGACAAACCUCAAUAUAUAAAUUAUACCAACUAAAAGCAACUGAUCUGAGAUGCUAAAUUUGUAUGAACGAGAAGGCACAUGCCUUCCCAGAGCAAGCAGUACUGAUCAGUGGUCGGUCUUCCCAGUGGAGCGCGCGGUUCAGGAUUGAUUAACGCAUGGGAGACUGCAAAUCUUGUCACAAAACUGUUGACAAUAUGUAGCAGUACACAUGAUUGGUAUGUUGUGAAUGGUUUUGAUUCCUUCUUAUCUCUUUUUGGGAAUCAUUUGCAUGCGUUUGAAUGUAGGUCUGUAGGUCUGUACGUUUGCCUGUAGUGGGAUUGGAUCAUUGGCCUCCAUAACUUUUCCAUAUUGAAGUAGUGGGAAAUUAGGGAUGUGGAACAAAUAGUGGAUACUUAUUGAAUAGUUCAAAAUGCCCAAAGAGCUUUCACACGACCAGAAUCAGAAAAUUAGUAAGACCAUAAAUUACACUUUUAUCUAAUAAUUUUUUCAUUCCGUU